AUGGGGCAAAGUCCAAGCUCUAUAAGGAGUAAGGGCAGCCGAAAGUCCUUUCGAGGGUUUGUGCGGCGCUCGAAAUUAAAUAAGUCCAGUUUAAGUCAUGCAUUCAACUUGCCGCCCUCAGAGGAAUAUCCAGAGUUGAUGAAUAUUAAUACGGCUACUGAGGAACAGCUAAUGACUCUGCCAGGAGUAAGUAGACAGCUGGCGCGGGAAAUCGUUAGACAUCGCCAGAUGAUCGGUCGUUUCAAGCGAGUUGAUGACCUUGCUUUAGUAUCAGGUAUUGGUGCAGAAAAAUUAGAGUUACUAAGACCAGAAAUAUGUACAAAUAUAAGGAGACAAGUAUCUAGAGCAAGCUCAUGUACACAUUCACUAGAUAGCUUCCGAUUGUCUAUGGAAACUAAACUAUGUUCUGUUAAUUCCUCCAGUGUGUUCCAAUUGCAAUGUGUACCAGGCCUCAACCAAGAGCUAGCUGCAAAUAUAGUUGAUUAUAGGGAUAAAAAAGGACCCUUUAAAUCUCUAGAUGACUUAAUAAAAGUCAGAGGCAUAGAUAUUGUGAGACUAAGUGGUGUGAAACCGCACUUAAGUUUAGAUUUAAGAAAAAGUGAGAGUGAGCAACAUUUGCCAAAUGGUCAUGUAAAUGGAUGGACAGAUGCUUCUUUAAAUGGAUCAUUAAUAAGUAGUGAAUUGAAAACACCAGUGUCACCAAGCCGAAAGAGCUUUACAAUGCCUGUUAAAUUUCCUUUAACGCUACCAAAUGGAUUUGCUGCAGCACCUGUUAAUGAUAUUUUAGACUUGUUAUCAGCGUACUCACAUAGACCAGUGGUAAGGGAAGAUUUUAUGUAUGAAAGAGAUGGUGUUAGAUGUUGUCGUCUUGCAUCAUGGAAUAUUCACCAGUUAACAAUAGAAAAGGUGAUAAAUCCUGGAGUAAGGGAAGUGAUGUGUCGGACAAUAUUAGAAAAUAAGUUGUCCGUAAUAGCUAUACAAGAUGUUGUAGAAACGGAUGCAAUAAAAAUGAUAUGUGAAGAGUUAAAUGCACCAACUAUAAGACGAGUUAGAGAGUGGAAGAUAAAUAGUCAAAAUUGGGAAUAUUGCAUACCACAGAGUGCUGAUUGUCGCUCCCUCUGCUUCAUAUAUGAAAACAGUAAUGGCAACAACAAAAGUGUGACGAUAGAGGAUGUUGCGACGGACCAGCUCCAUCUGGUGGUGAAUUGUGAUGUUAAGAAGCUGGUGGAAAUGCUGGAUGAUCUGCGAAGUGAUAGAUUCAACACCAGCACGCAAGCGUUCCUUAUAUGCGGCCGGCCUAUAAUUUUGGUAAACGUGCACUGCAAGGAGACGCUGGACGAAGAAGACUGCAGAAGGUUGAAGGAAGUUGUUGAUGCGGCAUCCGCCAUUAAGCUACAACUAGCGCUCAUGGGCGAGUUUCUUACUUGGGGAAAUGUGCAAUCGUUACAAAACUGCGAAUCAUUGCUGAACGAAGAAGCAAAGACCACAGUGGAUGUAAAUACGAUGGGUAAAAGCUCUGUUCUGUGCCCAGGGAACAUAGAAAGCAAUUUUAAUGGCCAUUCGGGGACUAUUAAAUCUGGUCUGUGCCAUCUGGCAAUACCGCGCGGCUGGUCCUGGGGCGGCCCAGCUUCCCCAUAUUGCCCUAUUUGGACCGAGAUCAAAGUACCCGAUUGA